AUGAAAAAUGGCUUUCUCAAAAUCUUCUUUUCCUUUUGUUCCUAUCUUUUUUGCCAUGCAGACGCUUUCAAAUACCUUGUCAUUUCGUCCAACUUUGUCUACAGUCACACGGUUUACAACGCGAAAAUCGCCGAGACUCUGCAGCAGCAUGGUCAUCAUGUGGUAUGUACAAAAUAUAGUGUACAUUAUGUAGAUUGGGUAAAAAGUUUUUGUCAGCGCUUCUGGCGAUGGAGGAUUCUGCUUUUUCUUGGAAGACUGUGGUUUUUCUCAGCUGCCAUCAAAAAGUAGAGGCCAAAAGCCCAGACUUUUGCUACAGGGCCGGGUUUUUGGCAUCUCCGGGCUCCGGCCCAGCCCCCGUCAAAGUCGGCCCAGCCCUUGGGACCUAUGGCAAGACCCUGAGGAUUUUGAGGCCCGGCCCUGAGGAUUUUCAAGCCCUCCCAGCCCUUGCCAUGUCUGGUGGAGGCCAAGAGUUUGAGGCAAUAAUAUAUGACUAUAAAUCUGUCGGGAAAAUAAUGAGGACAAUUUCGCUGCAACACUCGUGUCGCUAAAGUGAGCAAUUUAAUUUUGUCGCCUCACAAUUCAUUUCCUCGCCGACGAUGCGAUUUUUGAUGCAACAGAGCGGUCGCUAGUGGUCGCGGCAAAGUCAAAUCGCUCUUCGCUUCAGCGCCGCGACAGUCGCAUCAACAUUGUGCUCAUUAUUUUUCCGACAGACUAAUAGCAUUAUAUAAUAUAUCCAUUUGACUUUGCAUAUGUAAAUUUCAGGACUUUGUUCUCUACAAAACCAACAAUUUCACGCAUUUUGACUACAAGGGUGAGCUAAAAAAUGUCACCAACAUUGAGCCAAAGGAACUCGAGGAAAUGUCGGAGAAAAUGGCGUCGAUGACUUUGUUUAGCGAUCCAUUUCAACGUGUCUCGAAGUUGUUUACGAACCAAGACAUUCAAAAUUACAUAUGGAUAAUGCAAACUUAUUGCUACAGUAAGAUUUUAAAAAAUGUUUUUUUUUUAUUUUUUUUAUUCUUUGCUUCAUUUUACAUCUUAUUUUUAGAUUUGGCAACUGACGGGAAGAUUAAAGAAUUAAUGAGAACCAUGAAAUACGAUGGAAUGUUCAGCGAGGUCUUGGACAUUUGCGCGAUAGGGUUAUCGUAUGUGACGAAGUUGCGGCCACUGUUCAUAACAUCGCCAAUCCCCAUGAGCGAAGCCAUCUCGUACACGCUCGGAAUCCCGUACAAUCCGAACGUAUACCCGGGUAAGAGGAGUGUUUGAAGAUGUAUUUUUUAUUCAGGGUGGUUCAGCCAAAGCUUCCAUCGUUAUUUCAAGCAUUUCUCCGUUAAUAAUGCACCAAUUUCUAUAAAAUUUAUACCAAAUUGAAGCUGAGGUACCCCAUUUUUUGUUCACCAAAUAUGACGGGCCCAAUUUCAACCACCCUGAACAGUUGGAUUUCCAUAAAAUUCGGUUGAAAUUUGGGCUCAACUAUUUUUUCAGUUCAAAACGACGCCAGUCCAGAUGGCUUUCAUAUGACCAUGCUGGGCCGUCUCCAAAAUUGGAAAUACUUCAUUAUGUCCGUCUUCCUGCAGGGCAGAGUCUUCGGCGACGCCGCAUUUUACGAAAAAAUCCCGGUCCAAGUGCCACCGCCGAACAAGUUGAUGCAAAGAUCGGCGUUGUUUAUUCAAAACACCAACGAAUACGUUGAAUUGCCCAAGGUGAGCAGCGCAAAGGUGGUUCAAGUCGGAGGAAUCGGGAUUUCAGCGCCGAAGAACUUGAGUAAAGUGAGAAUUUUUGAGAUUUAUUUUUUGGGUCAGCGACAGUUCGGGUCAACGAUGCUAUGGAUUGUAUCGGUUCGUCGUUGCAUGGAGGCUAGGAGAAGGCUUAGUUAGCAGAAAUAAUAAGAUUUAUCGGGUCCAAAGAUAGCUUAUUACCGAUUUCUGAGACAUUUUACAUGUACUCACAUCAAUAAUAUCUAGAUGGUUACGGAUCUUCAUUUUUUGCCGCAAAUUUUGGUCUUUUAUAUGUUACAACAACUCAGGAUAAAGAAAACCAACGUUAGUAAACAGGGUAUUUCAAGAAAUUUUGCACAAAUUUUUUUGCUUAUAUCUUUCUGCUCUUUGCAGCUAUCCAGGAGUUUUAAGUGGUAUUUAAAAUUAGAAGUCGUGCGUUUUUACAAUAUGAAAAAGAAUUGUUUCCUGUCUUGGUCGAGGGACCAUUUUUCGGCGGAGACAUUUGUUGUUUUUUUUUUUUGAAAAUUGCACCUCUUUACAAAGCCCAGAUUUCUUUAUUAUGGAUGAAAUUAGGUCUGCAACAUCUGGCAGGACUGUCGAGACCAACGCAUCUGUUAGUCUCGACAGUUUUGCGGAUGUUUCACACAUCGGCGAAGGCUCGGCAGAGGUUCGUUUACCAUCGGAGGCCGUUUUGGGAACUUGGCUUUGUUAGAAUUAGAAAAAGUGGACCUAUUUCAAGCCUUUUGGCGAAGGUUCUCCGUCGAGCCUUCAACAAGGCUCAGCCGGCCAUCCAACGGCUUUGUCAGGCCUCGUAGGCACUUCCUACAACUUUUUUUUGGGGUAUCCACCUGCCCUACCCCCGUUAUCAAUCGAUUUUGUAUACAUAUGUUGACCCGAACUGUCGCCGACCCGAAAAGUCGGGACUCGAUUUAUCACAAUAUUUUGACCUGUAUUCUAGGACAUUCAACAAAUAGUCGAUGGCGCCGGCAAAGGAGUUGUCUACUUUUCAUUCGGCUCGUUGGCGGACAGCAGUAUGAUGCCGGAGCGUGUUCGACAGGCUUUCUUGGGAGCCUUCCACAGACUGCCAGAUUAUCAGUUCAUUUGGAAGUUUAACGAGAAAUUGAAGGAGGCUGGGCGAAAUGUUCACACCGUUGACUGGGUUGACCAAGUUUCUUUAUUGAGUAAGUGGAAUUUUCACCAUAUUCAGAGGGAUUCACGAGCUGUAACCCUUACAAGGAAAGUGUCCCAAGUGAGAGGCUCAGGAAAAAAGUUGGUUUUGGUGUUCUAAAAUCAUCAUGUCAUUUAUUUUUUCAUCGAUUCGACUCCAGUAAAACUGGUGCAUACAUAUCAGUUUGUCGGGAAAAUAAUGAGCACACUGUCGCAUCGAAAAUCGCAUCGCUAAAAAAAUGAAAAAAAAAUGAAUUGUGUCGCGGCAAGAUCAAACUGAGUUUCAUUUCAGCGACGCGGUCGGCGCAGCGACAUAUCCACAUUAUCUUCCGGACAGACUGAUAGUAUAGUAGCAUUUUCAUAAAGCACAUGGGCAUUUUUUAAGGCUUUGGGAAUAUCAGGACUUUUAGUCUCGGAGGUCCCAAAAAAUUUGUUAGUUACAUAACAGUCUGUCGGGAAUAUAUAUUAGGUUGUCCCAUAAAUAAUGUCCCUCUUCGAGAGGGGCAAAAUCAAAAGUCUAUAAAAAACGGAAGCACCAGCCAAAUUUCACAAUGUUACUACCGUUUUGUAGCUGUGAUCUCAGGCUUUCGUUUAAUGUAUCGCAUGCCAUAUUUGGAUGAAAUUACAGUAAUUUAGCGCUAAUUCAAAAUUGUGGAAAAAAUGUAGAUUCAUGCCAUCAACUUGUAGGAGGAAAAACAGGGUGCUAAGGUUUCAGAACCUACACGAAAUAUCAACACUAUGUUCAGCCAGUGUGCUGUGAGUUCGGUGACGGUGAAACGAUGGUCUCAAAAAAUUCGACCUGGCCGCGGGGACCCCUAAGACACAGUGCGUCCUCUCAGCUUUGCGAAUUUACCCUGAGGUCAUUGGUAGACAAAAAUCAUGAAAUCAACGUCCGACGCCUUUCUGGGACUGUGGUGGUGUCAUAAUUAUCAGCGGUUAAUGGUUCGAUGCCGAUAGUUUCAAGAAAAAGCUCGACAAAUUCUUCCCAUAUAAGUGGACCAAAACCCCGAAUGAAGGUACCGCGGUUUUUGCUUUCCGAGCCGAACAUCCAGAUUUCCUGGAUCGUACCAUGGCUUAUAAUGAAAAGUGGAUUAACAACGACACCUAGACAAGAUUUGGUCAAUGAAGCACCCCGGAGUACUACCACAGCACCUCCCAAAUUCUGAGUCCCACUAGAAGACGGUCAUGACCACUUUUUUGAUGGCGUAACGUUAGCUUCGCACACUAGAAAUUCUUAGAACCUGCGCAAACAGUAAACAGCAUCCUCUACUGUACCUACAUAGACAAUUUGUGGCACAAUCUGCCUUCAGAAAUACACUGCAGAAGUCCGAAAGUUCUUGGCAGGAACGCCGAAACUCACCUUGCAAAAAUGACCCUCCGGAAUCCAAAUUAACAAAGAUACGAGACUCUCCCCUAUUAGGCGUAUUCGUCAAACGUAGCCUAUACAGAUUACCACCUGUUCAAGGAUCUACCACGUUUCAUCCGUGGUAGGGAAAUCAUCAAUUAAGACGCCCUUCAAAAGGCCUUUGAAAGUUUCAUCGGCUUCAGGAGCCGGAGUUUUGAAGCCACCGGCUUAAAAAAACUCUUGGUACAUUCUACUAAGCGUGCUCAAACGGAUGAUAAUUAUUUUGAUUAAAUAGAUCGCAGUUACUGCGGUAAAUUUUAUUGUUUAAGGAAAUAUUUGGAAGAGGGACACUAUUUAUGGGACAACCUAAUAUAAUGAGCAUUAUUACACAUCGAAAAUCAUAUCGCCGUUGAAAAAUGAAAUGUGUCGCGACAAAACCAAAUUGCUCUUUGCUUCAGCGACACGACUGGCGCAGCGACAUUGUGCUCAUUAUUUUCCCGACAGACCUAUAAUCCAAUAAUUACUUUCCUUUUCAGACCACCCCAAAAUGAAAGCCUUCAUCACGCAUUGCGGGCUUAACGGCGUGAAUGAAGCCGCCUUCGCCGGAGUUCCGAUGGUCGCCGUCCCUUUGUUUGGCGAUCAAACCUACAACACCGCCGUCAUCAAACACGCCGGCAUUGGAGUCAACUUGGACAAGUUGAAAAUCACAGAGGAAACAGUCUACAACGCCCUGAUCACAGUGCUUCAUAGCGAGACAAUUCAACGAAAUUCGGACAAUUUAGCGAAAUUAUUGCAAAAUCUCCCCGAAUCCCCGAAAAUUCGGUUGAUAAAUGCGGUCGAGAGGGCGACCGAGUUCCCGGAAGUCUACGAGAAAUUAACCUUGCCCAUGGCCGGGAUGUCUGUGAUAACGUAUUUCGGGUUGGAUUUAUUGUUUGGUCUUUCAUCAAUUUUCGCCGUCAUUAUUCUUGUAGGAAUUAUUGUGAUAAGAAAAUUGUGUAGACGCUUAAAAAAAGUUGUGCGGAAUGAGAAAAACAAGUGUGAAUAAAUCGUGAAUUUCUCAAAAAAUAUAAUAGAAAUUCUGCCAUUCUCCUUGUUCGCCGAUUACGGGCCAUAGUAAAAAAAUUGAAAAAUGAUUUGUUGCCAGCCGCUCACGCCUUGCCGCGACACAAUUUAUUAGGCCGCCCAGAAAGUUCGUUCGUUUUUUUCAUUGCUUUGUUUUACGAGGAUUGUUCGUUGUUUGACAAAGGGUACAUAUUUAUUUGAUACAGCCGGUUUUGUAGAGGAGAAAAAGCUGCAUCAAAGAAAUAUAUUCCAUUUGCAAAGGAACAAACAAUCCAUGUAAAACAAAGCAAAGAAAAAACGAACGAACAUUCUGGACGACGCAAUAUUUUCGGCGAUGCGAUUUUCGAUGCGACAGAGUGCUCAUUAUUUUCCCGACAGAGUGAUAAAUAAGUGUGAUGUCGCAGCGGCACAAUUGAUCGUUUCGCCACGGCAAAGAACUCGCCCUAUGGCGACCCUAAGAUUGCUUUGACAUCGAGCACAAAAGUUCUCCGACAGCCUAUCUGGAACAUCUUCCGGAUGGGAAUUCAUUUUUAAAUUUCGCAUGCCUAUGCUCUAAAUAAGCAAGGAUUAAACUACCAAAAAUCUUAGCUAUGCAGCGACAGUAAUGCGCUACAAACUUACAGGGGAAGUACUCCAAGUGCGACGCUCAGAUUUUCUUUAAAUUUUGCACACACGUCGGGUAUGGACUAAAUAUCAAUUUCUGAAAGUUUUAGCUGGCGCUUUGCCGGCGCUGCCGAGAUAUCGAACGAUUUAUGCCGCCGAGAGAGCACGCUAAACGUGGAGAGCGGUCAAAAAGAAAAGCGCUUUUUGGCCAUAACCUUGGCAGUUUCGUGCGAAAAACAUGAUUUUUUGUACAAACAUUAUCCUUUACGGUUGAAAUAGGCAUGAAACUUUUCGUGCCGAAAUUCGGCAAAAACUAAAUUUUCGCCGACUUUCGAUCUAAAAAUCUCGGUUGUUUCUGCAAAGCGCGAGCUUGGAUUCUCGCAUAUAUCUUAUAAAACAUUUUUCUAAAUUUGUGCCAAGUCUCAUCAAAAUCUGAGCGUGGCACUUGGAGUACUUCCCCUGUGAGAAAAAUUUUUCUACCAAAAGCCGCAAAAGAAGGGUCAAUGUUUAUGCAUAUCAUCUGAGCAUUUCCCUCCGAAAAUCUUCGAUUCACAUCUCCUUUUCACGUGAAUUAUAUCUACGGACCAAGCUCGUCUGCUUCUCACGUAAACAGCAAAUUCCCUAGUCCUUAACACAAACCAUAUGUCACAAAAGCAGAGCCGCUAUUUCGAGCCGAGUUGAAACCGAUCGUCAACGGUCUUACGCGCAGAGUUGAAAAAAGUUGGUUAAAGGAGUAGACACCGUCCAAACAUUAAAGCAUGUGAAAUGCAUGUAAAACUUAGCGAGCUAAUUGAUUUUGCGGCGAGACAUUGGAUUAACUUUUUGAAAAGUAUACUCCCCGCCAAAAGUUUUGACCCCCCUUCUAAUUUGGUCCAGAGUGUACCAAUUUGGACCAAAUUUGGUACGUAGUCUACUGACAGCCUAGUAAUAAAAAAUAUCAUAGUAGGAGAAACCAUAUAGCUGUAUUUCAAAAUCCAGGGACAAUUUUCAAAAAUCACCUCAAAAAAACGGGACAAAAGUUUUGACCCCCCUGCAAAAAAAUUAAAUAUCGCCACCGGAUGUAGCCCGAACCUUUUACAAUCGAUGCCCCAUACCUGAAUACAGAUUGAUAAAUGCUUUUUCGUUGAAUGCUUCGUUGCAUUUGAGGAUGCAACGCGUUAAACUGAUUUUGAUGUAGAGCUGCCCAAAACGGUAAAAAUCUUGUACUGGCGCUUUCUAAAAGUUCUAAAUUAUGUUCACAUCAUGUGAUCUUGACGUGUUAUAACCUGCAUUAACCUUUUCCUUUCGAAAAAAGUCCAUGAUGGCCUAGCAGUAUCGAUUCGGCCGAUAUCCAGUUGUCAUGGUCAGCCUUGGUGAGCCAUUUGCUCUUUGACUAAAGGUCUAGAUGUUGCCGCUAGGUCCUCAAUCUAAUCCUGAGACUUGUGUCUACUCUCAAAACAAGAAUAAACCCCCGCUGACACGAUCCCAAAUGGUUUGUGGAUGCAACUUUACCGAUCUGCACCUUAAAGAAAAAGCCGCGUUUUUCAAAUGGAUUUUUUGCGACCAAAAAUGGCUUUCAUUUGAUGGGCCAGGUAAUUUAGGACGCUACAGCACCCGCCAUACUCAUUUGAGACGUACGGAACGCCAAAUGGGCGGUGGGGAUGGCAUCGUACUCGGGGGCAUCUACAGUAACGGCAAACUUAAGAUUAAGGUGAAUGAAACCCAUUCCAAAACGCGUCAAAUCGUAACUUUUUACCCCGCUGAGAGUAAAUAGGAGUCUCAGGAUUAGAUUGAGGAACUACCGACCACAUCUAGACCUUUAGUGAAAGAGCAAAUGGCUCACCAAGGCUGACCAUGACAACUGGAUAUCGGCCGAAUCGAUACCGCUUGGCCAUCAUGGACUUUUUUCGAAAGGAAAAGGUUAAUGCAGGUUAUAACACGUCAAGAUCACAUGAUGUGAACAUAAUUUAGAACUUUUAGAAAGCGCCAGUACAAGAUUUUUACCGUUUUGGGCAGCUCUACAUCAAAAUCAGUUUAACACGUUGCAUCCUCAAAUGCAACGAAGCAUUCAACGAAAAAGCAUUUAUCAAUCUGUAUUCAGGUAUGGGGCAUCGAUUGUAAAAGGUUCGGGCUACAUCCGGUGGCGAUAUUUAAUUUUUUUGCAGGGGGGGUCAAAACUUUUGUCCCGUUUUUUUGAGGUGAUUUUUGAAAAUUGUCCCUGGAUUUUGAAAUACAGCUAUAUGGUUUCUCCUACUAUGAUAUUUUUUAUUACUAGGCUGUCAGUAGACUACGUACCAAAUUUGGUCCAAAUUGGUACACUUUGGACCGAGUUAGAAGGGGGGUCAAAACUUUUGGCGGGGAGUAUAACUUGUAAUUUAUGACUUGUCCCCUACAUGUAUGUUUAGGUCAAAACUUGCCAAAAUUCGAACCUUGUUUGUAAAUUUGGGAUUAAAAAAGCAAGUCGAAUAAUGCUCGACCAGACAUCGAUUUUCUUUGAGAAAAUUUCGAGAAUACUUCGCAAGGAAAUCAUAGCCAAUCAGCUUUACCACAAUGGGGGCAACGAGCCCGAUCACUCCACUGGUACGUCCCAAAAAAAAUGCUUGUUUUCCCAUGGGUCCUGACGGAAAAUGUUUAGGUCAGGAUAAAAGAUUUUUGUACUACUAAAAUCUCCGUGUUUUUCUGUCCUAUUCAUUUCAGUUUUGUGUUCAUAUCGAUUAACCAACAUGGUUUUUCAAAAUUUCAAACAAAGGAACUGCCAUUUUGUCACUAUUUUUGAGCCGUUCAAGGGAUUGAUUUGCUCGGUAUCCGGCCCUGUCGACUCGGAUUUGGAUUGCGAUAUGAGGAUCAACAUAGAGGGGGCCUACGCCUGACUCUAGAAAGUUAUAAAAGAGUUCAAGACAAGCCAAAACUCGUAUUCUCAAAGCUGCAGCUCGGUCUUUCCAUGAUUAAUUGUCAUCUUAAGCAAAAAUUGAAUGUGAAAUGAUGAGUGCCCACUAGAUAAAAACGAAGCCAAGUUUUUCGUGGAAUUUGUUGCAAGAGCCAAAAUAUGACGAUGAAGGUUAUCUAGCCGCUAUCUGAAUCGUUCAUAUAAAAGUGGUCGCCGAAUUUCUCGACUUUUAUUUUUUUCUGUUGCGUCGAAUUUCAGUGCAAGAAUGGGUUGACAUCGAUUUUGCAAAAUCAGUGCCAAAAAAGUUCGGAAAUUUGGAAACAACCAGUGCAGAUUUUGGGAAAUCGCUGCAGGACGAAAAUUAAAGUGUCCACUGAUUUUUCAAAAUCAAUGUUAACCCAUUUUUGCACCGAAAUUCGACUCAACAGCAAAAAUAAAAGUCGAGAACUUCUGUGACCACCUUUUUAUCCAAUUAAACAAAAUUUUGUAAGACCUCUUCACUCCUGAAUAGGUCGACUUUUUUGUUACUCCCAACUUUGAGACAAUUUGCCGCACUGCACAAUAAACUGUAGUUUACGCCUGCAGACGCCACUGGAACAAAGUCACAAUCAAUACGGUGGGUUAACAAAUUUCUCAUCCCUUCAGCCGCUCGUUCCAUUACCAUAAACUCAAACUACUCUUACACUGGUACUUUAACCAUCUUUUGUCUGCCCUUUCUGUCUCCCCACCAAACAUCAUUAGGGUUCCGAGUUCUAAAACACAAAAAGAGUCACAAACUAAGUCUUGUUUGUCAGUUUAAAUACGGUAAAGGCGGACAAUUUGUCAUUCGUUCGAUCAUGUUUUCCGCUAGUUUUCUCUUACUGACCUUGCUAUGGUCACAAAUUAGCGCGUAUAAUUAUUUGGUGAUCUCGACAAAUUUCGUCUACUCUCACACCGUUUUUAAUGCCAAAAUCGCGGAAGUGCUGCAGGACCGAGGACAUCAUGUUGUAAGUGGGAAGAAACGUGACCCAUGUUCAAUAGCAUGGCUACAACUCUGUGAAGGCAAAUUUUCCAGAGACUAAAAAGGCUUAAUGGGACUGUCUUCUAUACAGCGAUGGACUCGAUCCAGUGGCAAAAAACGUACCAUUUUGCAUCCAAGAAGUAAAAAAAUGAAGCAAAAUGCCUCCCUCUCCAACAAAAAACUCCGUUUUGAAGGGCGCGCCUUCUGCUUGACAAAAGGCGCGCUUUUGAAAUGAGAGUUUCUUCACUUGGAGAGUGAGGCAUUUUACCACAUUUUUUGAUACUUCGCGGAUGCAAAAUGGUACGUUUUUUGCCACUGGAUCAUUUCCGCCACUGUAACUCAGCCCAUUUUUCUGUAACAGCAAAAAUAGCCCGGAUUUUUCAGAACUUCAUUCUCUUCAGAACCAACAACUAUACGAAGUUUAAUCCUGGGCCUUUGCGAAAUGUGACCGUCAUUACCGCGGACAGCAUUGACCUCAUGACAGAAACAGCAUCCAAACUGAAGCUUUUCAACGACGUCUUCAGCGAUAACGAACCCCUCUUCGGAGAUGAUCAAGUCCGACCAAUUUUCGAAGCCAUGAAAAUUUACUGCAAAGGUGAGGAUUUCGAAAUUCAAUAACAAAAAUGUUCUAUCUAACUAAACGUUUGAUUUCAGACCUUUUAUACAACGAACAAGUCAAGAAAAUCGCUGAAGAAAUCAAAUAUGACGGGAUUUUCACGGAGAGCCAUGAUGUUUGUGGCCAAUCGAUGACACACAUUUAUAACAUCAAACCAUUGUUUUUAAUGUCGCCAGUGCCGAUUCCGGAACAUUCAGCCAUCGAAAUGGGGAUUCCUUUUAAUCCGAAUGUUGUGCCAGGUACGGAUGUUAGAGAAAAGUUUGUGUUGAAUCCUAGGGACGCAACUUUUUUCAUCAAACAAAAUUUUGACUGCAAGCUACAGUGACGGAACUAUCCAGCGGCAAAGAACGGACCAUUAUGCAUCCGGGAAGUAUCAAAAAAUGUAGGAAAAUGCCUCCCUUUCCAACUGAAAAACUGGGUUUUGAAGGGCGCCCUUCAAAACAGAGUUUUUUACUUGGAAAGGGGGGGUAUUUCGCUACAAUUUUUGAUACUUCCCGGACGCAAAAUGGUACGUUUUUUACCAUUGGGGCAGGUCCGCCACUGUACGUUUCUUCUAUUUCUCGAACCGAAAUCAGAGAAACCAUUUUUUGCACUUUUACGCUUGAAUUUUCUCAAAAAAUCCUUUCAGUCCUAAACCGCGCCCCUCCCAACGGAGUGUAUAUGACGCUUUUGGAACGGAUCCAAAAUUGGCGAGAAUAUUACGACUCGACCGUAAAAAUGUCCAAAUGGUUUGCAAAUCCCGAAGUCUACGAAUUAACGAAUCUCCAGCUCCCACAUCCCGCAGAAUUCACCAAAAACGCGGCGUUUUACAUUCAAAAUACCAAUGAAUUUGUCGACUUGCCUAGACCAAUCAGUUUGAAACAACUUUUCGUUGGAGGUGUUGGUAUUACCAAAGCGAAAGCGUUGAGUGAGGUAAGUAACAGUAAAAGUUUCAAUUCUACAGAGUCAGACAGCCGAAUGUGUAAGGAGUCCAUGUUGAAUCUCUCGACGAAUCAAUCUAUUCCGUACAAAAACAGGAAUAUUCUUUAUCAAGGCGAAAAUGCCAAUGCAAAAUUUCAAACUUCUACGCCAAAUGAGGCCUUUUUUGUCGUAGAAAUUUGAAACUUUGCAUUCACAUUUUGGCGUUGAUGAAGAACAUUUCUGUUUUCGUACGGAACAGAUUGACUCGCCGAGACAUUCAACAAAAACACCUUACACUUCGGCUGGCCCACCUUGUCCAGUGGCGGACCUGAUCCAGUGGCAAAAAAGGUACCAUUUUGCAUCCGGGAAGUAUCAAAAAAUGUGGCAAAAUCCCCCCUCUUCAAGUGUCCAGAUGAAAAAACUCCGGUUUAAAGGGCGUCUUUUGUGAGGGGAAGCCGCGCAAUUAAAAACAGAGUUUUUUAUUUGGAAACGGAGGUAUUUUGCCACAUUUUUUGAUACUUCCCGGACGCAAAAUGGUAGGGUUUUUACCGCUGGAUCAUGUCCGUCAUUGUACCAUGUACUUUUUCCAACCUCCAGAUAUUAAAAAAUCACUGUGUUAAAAGUAUUUCAGGAGAUUCAUCAAAUCUAUUCCUCCGCUAAAAAAGGCGUUGUCUUUUUUUCGUUCGGAUCCUUGGCUGAUAACAAAAAACUCCCACAAAACGUCCGAACAGCAUUCGCUGAGGCGUUUUCUCAAUUUCCGGAUUAUCAAUUUAUCUGGAAAUUCAACGACAAGUUGAACGAAAGUAGCAUUGGCAAUGUUCACACACUUCAGUGGGUGGAUCAAGUGUCAAUCUUGAGUAGGUUUAAAACUGAAGUUUUUCAAUUUCGUCGGAAAUUUUCUUGACUCUUUUCUGCCGAGAUUUCUAGACCACUUUUUCCAGCCCAACUUUCUACAGUCGAGGACCUAAUCCAGUGGCAAAAAACGUACCAUUUCGCAUCCAGGAAGUAUCAAAAAAUGUGGCAAAAUACCUCCCUCUCCAAGUGAAAAACUCGGUUUUGAAGGCGCCCUUUCCCUCAUGAAAGGCGUGCUUUUCAAAACCGGAGUUUUUUCACUUGGAAAGGGAAGCAUUUUGCCACAUUUUUGACACUUCCUCGAUGCAAAAUGGUACGUUUUUUGCCACUGGAUCGGGUCCCCCACUGUACUUGCUUCUUUUCAGAACACCCAAAAACCAAAGCCUUUAUCACCCACUGCGGACUGAACAGUUUGAACGAAGCCGCCUUUGCCGGCGUUCCCUUGAUUUCCGUGCCUCUUUUCGGCGAUCAAACCUACAACACGGCCAUUGUAAAGCAUAUCGGAAACGGAGUGCACUUGAACAAGCUGAAACUAACUUCCAAAAUCAUCGUCAAAGCGCUGAAUUCCGUUCUCAACGAGGAAAAAUACGGGAAGAAUGCGAGAGAAUUGAGCGAACUGCUGAAUAAUCUACCGCAAUCGCCCGAGGAGAGGCUGAUUAAUGCCGUGGAACAAGCAACAAGAUUUCCAGAAGCUUAUGAGAAACUGAUUUUGCCUGGGGCAAAAAUCUCAUUUUGGGCCUACUUUGGAUUGGAUAUUGUUGGACUACUAAUUAGUUUGAUUGUUUUUAGCGGUUUUGUUGUAUAUUUGUUGUUCAGAGUGAUGGUUAGGAUAUAUUUGACAGUUGAGAAGAAAAAUAGAAAAAAACUCGAGUAA